AUGUCUCGGUUGCAGACCGAGGGGCACACGCAGAGCUUACGGGAGGUGCACGAGCGCCUCGUGUCCUUCGUACAAUGCCACACCCAACUCGCCAGCUCUACGAUCGGCUUGGCUGACUCGAUCCUGGACUUCUACUCCCCGGAGGAUGCGGGCUUCGCGCCGGCCGUGGCGUUUCAGACCGUCGCCGCGGAAGGGGUGUCCGGACUCCUGUGCGCUCAGCUGCAGGCCCUGGUCCAAACCACCUUGCGGCCGCUAGCACGGUUCACGGCUGAGCUUGGUGAGAUGGACACUUUGUCCAAGGCGUGCCAGAGAAAAAGAGAGUCCGAGCACCACUACGCCAAAAAGGUGAACGAGCUCAACGGCAAGCUCGAGGCGGAGCGGAGAGAGGACAAGCGCGCGGUGCUGCAGGAAAAGGCGGCCAGAAACAUCAGGAAGCUGGCGGCGGCGCGCACGGUGCGGAAGCAAGCGUCGGAGGAGCUCUCCCGGUUGGUGGUUAUCUCUCACCAAUCGAGCCACGAUUGCUUAGACCCUGUCUUCGCUUCUAUCUGCCAGUUCCAGGAAGCCAGCUACAGGUAUGCGCCUUGCCCAGACGAGACGACGUACGGAUGA